AUGGGUUUCCGGCUGCAGCAAGAGUCCCAGGUAGAGGAACCAGUUGGCCACCUGCCACUGGAGCCAUCACCUGGGCCAGACAGGAGGCACUGGUGGCAGAUUUUUGUCCUGUGCGUCUUCUGGAUGCUCCUCUUGUGGCUGAUGACCCCCUGCCUGAAUCUGAAGACUGACACAGCACCCCAGGAAAAAUGGAUGGACGGGGCACCACGGCAUUGCAGCUGCCCUUGGUUCAAAUUCUGGCAAUGUGGCUGCCCGUCCGGGAGUCUCAACCACUCUGUCUGCCACCACACAGCUGGAGAGCGCUGGUUUGAUGCAGGCUAUGAGAAGAUGAGGGGGUCCCUGAUGGGGGCAGCAGAGUCCACGCGCCCUGGUUCUGUGCUCUGGUGGUCGGACCUGAACGCAGCAAGCGAGCUGGGCAGAGUGUGGAAGAAGCUGCUCAAGGUGAUUCCCCGACCCUCAGUGAGCCAUUUUGAUCUCUUCUGUGGGACUUGUGCCCUGAUGGGGAAUUCAAAGAUCUUGCAGGCUGCCAGUCUCAGCAACAACGUCAACCGACCCAGCAUGGUCUCCAGGAAUGCCAGGGGCCAGGGUUCUUGGAGGCAGGUGCUGCUGCUGCUCCUGCAGCUCUUUGAUCUUGCGUGGACUUCAGAUGCUCUGAGUGAGGAGAUGGUGAUUGACCAACAUGAUAUGGUCCUCAGAAUGAACCAGGCACCUGUCCAAGGCUUUGAGGCGGACGUGGGAAAAAGGACUACUGUGCGCAUUACGUACCCCAAGAUAGACAGCCCUCAGGAUCCUGGUGCCCAGCUGCUGCUGCUUCCUCUGAAUUCAUCUGGUCUGAAGUGGGUCACGGACAUAGUGCAGAAAGACAGCAUCAUUCAGAAGGCAGAAAAUCCUGGGUAUGGUGGUGGAGGGUAG